AUGGCAAGUAUCAUAGAGGCCUCUGCAGCCUUGAGAAAGCGGAAGAACCUGAAAAGAGGCAUCAACUUCACGUUGAUGGUUGUAGGUGAGUCCGGUUCGGGGAGAUCAACUUUUGUCAACACACUAUGCGGGCAGCAAGUGGUGGACGUAUCAACCUCUAUUAUGCUUCCAACGGACAGAUCAACGCAGAUUGAUCUACAAUUGCGUGAAGAAACAGUGGAACUGGAGGAUGACGAGGGUGUAAAGAUCCAAUUGAACAUCAUAGACACACCCGGGUUCGGAGACUCACUCGACAAUUCUCAAAGCUUUAAUGUGGUCUCUGAUUACAUUCGCCAUCAGUAUGAUGAAAUCCUGCUGGAGGAAAGCCGUGUGAGAAGGAACCCACGUUUCAAGGACGGCAGAGUUCACUGUUGUCUGUAUCUUAUCAACCCCACCGGUCACGGCCUUAAAGAAACCGACGUCGAAUUUAUGAAGACUCUCGGGCCUUUGGUCAACGUCAUUCCGGUCAUCAGCAAAGCGGACUCUUUGACCCCCGCUGAGCUCAAGCUCAACAAAAAACUCAUAAUGGAGGAUAUCGACUACUACCACCUCCCCAUAUACAAUUUCCCCUUUGAAGAAAACGACAUCUCCGACGAGGACUACGAGACGAACAUGUAUCUACGUUCUUUAGUGCCCUUCUCGGUGAUCGGAUCCAACGAAGUGUACGAUCUUGGGGAUGGAGCUAUGAUCCGUGGCCGUCAAUACCCCUGGGGCACCCUUGACGUCGAGGACUCAUCUCUUUCAGACUUCGUUGUUCUAAGAAACACGCUUCUAAUUUCGCAUUUACAUGACCUCAAGGAUUACACGCAUGAGAUUCUCUACGAGAGGUACAGAACGGAGGCACUGUCAGGCGAGACAUCGUCCCAGCGGGCCAACGGGAAUAGCAGCACGGCCUACGCCGACUCACCGGUGGCCUCUGGCAAAUCAUUCCAACAUGCCGAAACUGACUCGCUCAACUCCUCCAAGCAGGCCAGUGCUAACCAAGAUACAUACUUGGCUCGCGAAGAACAAAUCAGACUUGAAGAGGAAAGGCUCAGGGCAUUUGAAGAGCGCGUUCAGCAAGAGUUGCUCAUGAAGAGACAAGAGCUACUGCAGAGAGAACAAGAGCUCAGGGAAAUUGAAGAGAGAAUUGAGAGAGAGGCUAGAAUCAAGGAAGAAUCUGGGGACCUUGAGUAA